AUUAAAACCCAAUGAACUAAUUGUAUGGUCAUGACUAGGAAGAGUUUCUCCUUCAAACACGUGAAUUCCAUGGCCCUUAUGACAGGGGUUCUGGUGCUACGUGUAGAAAGGGUCUCUAAAUUGAUAAUAUACUAAAAUGCAAUAAUUCUUUGAAAAUCUUAUCAUCGGCUCCUGCAUGUAUAUUAAAUCGAUAAAGUAAGUGUAUAAUCAUAAGGAGGAAGGGUACCUCUUCCAUAAUUGUGACACCAGUCUGGAACUAGCAUUGAACAAAUUGGAAUCUAUAAGACUUUUGGAUGCUUCCAUAUCAAUACGAAUAAUCAGAGCUUUCCUCAUGUUCCUGUUCUUAAAAAAUGUUAGCCUAUAUAUUGCUAUGUAAAACUUUGAUCCCAUACUAACUUAACAUGCUUCCAUAUCAAUGUGUGUUAUUUUUUUAUUUUUUAUUUUUUUAAGACUUUAAAGAUCCCAUUCGAGAACUUUUCAAUCAAAAAGAGAUAUAUUAUUUAUUAUUAUUAUUAUUAUUAUUGGUUUAUUAUUAUGUAUGGGUAUAUUUUUUGUUUUUAAAAGAAAAUAAGUAACGUACGUCAGGUGCCUGUGUUUAAAAUGAAUAUACAUGUAUUAAUGAUUAAAUCUUCGGUAUAUUUGACAUUUUCAAUGCAUACUUAGGUAUGAAUAUCUACGUACGUCAUUUGACUUGUUCAACUUGGAAGUUUGCCAAAUCGAUUGAGGAGUAUGUAGAUGGUGAAGGCUUUUUUUCUGGAUUUGUUUAUAUUGAGUAAUAUCUAUAAAUAGGGGAUGUAAAAUGAUAAUUGAGCUCGGAUUAAUUUAAAAUGGCUAGACCAAUAGAGGAUCCGGAUGGUUUCACCAAAAACUACUGCACUGUUUUCAAAGCAUUGCAUCUUGUUGUUGCCCCAGAGGUUCGCAGAGAAAUAUUCCUGCAUAUCAAUCCUUUGAGAUUAUGUGAAAUGCUUCUCAUAAAAGAAUCAUUAUCUUGGAUUCCUUUGUCAACCAAACAGAAAGAAUUGCUCAAGAAUGGAAACACAGAGGUUCUCAAUUUGGCACAGCUAUGUCAGAUUCAUCAAUAUUUAAUGAAUUCCAUUCGACAUGUGCAUACCCACAUAGUGUUUAUUGAAGAUAUAAUUGAAAUUCAAUGUAUUUUGAAAGAAUUGUACAUAUUCCAAGAUGUAAAAGCAAUUUCAGAAAAGUCAUUUUUGAAUCUCUGGAAAAGGUUAAAGUGCAUUUGCAUGAAACUGGAUGGUAGAUUUGCCAGAAAGUUGAUUCCUUCAUAUAGGCAAAUUAAAGCGAUCCGGUUUGAUUACCAUUAUGGAGAGGAAGAGGAAAUUUUCAGAAUGAUAAAUGAAAACUGGGAUUGUGAGCCACAGAGUUUAAGAUUGGAAGUGCAGUUUUUGAGGAAAAUUGUGCGUGAAGAUACAAAGAAGAGGAAAUGGCAUUUACCUGGAAUUUUUGCAGGUUUUCGGAAAAGAUUGCAAAGAAGGGUUAUUUCAAGGACCAGAGAUGACCAGGAUACGUUUUGGUCACUGAAUGAGGGAAGUGUACCUAAAUUUAGUGAAUUCAAAGAUAAUGCUAAAAGCAAUGUAUGUUCAAGAGAUGUUGAGUCACUUGAUUUAGAUAUUGAUGAUUUAUUCUCUUUGAAAAUUGCCCCUUCACUUUCCAUUACCUCCUUAGCCUCCUUAGAAAAUUUUGUAGAAAGUGCCUUUGAAAAUGUAGAUACUGAUAGUUUACAUAAUCAUUUGGAAUGCGAGAUUUCAGAAAGCUUUUGUAAACACAACGGCGGAUAUGUUCAUGCUAGAAACAUAAAUGAUAACACAGUUGAAGACAAGAUAUUACUGAAGUCAGAGAAGUCACAAAAAACCAUGGAAAAGAGAACACAAACUGAGGAAUGGAAACCAAUACAAAAAAUGACUAGUUCUGGAGAAAAAGAUGAAGAAGAUGUGACUUUCGCAAAGGAAACGCAGCUAAUAUCAAGGAAAUUGAAGCAGAUGUCAAAUUUUCAAAGUGUUGAAAGUAAGAUAGAGUCCCAUUGGCCAGGACCACCUGAGAAAGAUUUAGCAGAACCAAACAAAGAAGAAAGAAGGGAGUUUUUCAUGUCACAGAAUUUGAGUUCACUAGAAAUUUCACAACAGUUCAUCAGUAACUUUGUGAGCAGAUUUACCCCUGAUUCACAACUUAGUGAUAUACAUCUUGAAAGUGGAAACACAUAUGUGUCAAACUUAAUAUCCAGAAAUGUUUGUGCAGAUCACUUCUAUGAUGUGCAGCUGAAGACAGAUCAGGCAUAUGUACAAAAAGUUCACAAUGAAUGUGUUUCUGCCAAAAGCCAUGCAGAGGAUAUGAAUUUAUUAAGGAAUCUUCAAAAGACUUCAAAUAGUGCACUGAAAAUGACUAAACCUCUGCAUUCUGAAUGUGCAGUCAAUGAUGCUACAUUCGAGGUUUGCAGACAAUGGAAUAUUUGUAUAUAUCUGGUAUCAGCAAUUCAGCAAUGCACAUUAUGCUGUUUUAUGCUUCUGUCAAUUCAGUAUGUUAUCCGAUUUACAUGCUUCAUAAAGUUUGCUAGCAAUUGUCAGAAUGCAAAAAUAAGUGGUGUUGAAGUUACUACUACAUCUUGUUUAAAACAAAAUGCAACUGAUCAGAAAUCAGAGAUGUGCAGCAACCAAGAAGAAAUUGAAAGAAAACCCAUUUCAUCCAAUGAUAUAGUUCAACAACAAAUGCAAAAGCAGCAACUUAGAAAAAAAAUUGGAAAGUGUUUAUAUUCACUUCAAUGUACCAGAGAAGAAACUUCAAAAAGAAAGUUUCAAAUAGUAAUUAGGAGAGCAUCUUUACAGUCAUUAAUGGACAAGUUCUUCAAUAACUUCAAUGAAAUUGCAAAGAAAGAAAGCAAAGAGGUUUCUCAAAUCAUAAACCAUUAUUUUAACUUGUUGUCCUAUGAUAGACCAGGGUCAGCAACACAGUUACCAGUUGGAAGCACACCACCUAGACUGGAAAGAUUUUUCCAAGAAAUUUUGGAAAAUGAAGCAGCCACAGCAGCAGACACAAUGCAUGUGGAAUGGAUGCGAUUGCGAACUUUCUCGUCCUAUCCCAGCAACACUGGGGUAUCCACCUUACAGUUGGCUAGGGAUGGAUUUUAUUACACCGGACACACAACAGAGACAAGAUGCUUUUGCUGCAGAAAUGUGUAUCGGGAAUGGGAUGAAACAAGCAACAUCAAUGAGAUUCAUCGAAGGAUAUCUCCAAAUUGUGACAUUGCCUUCGGAAGGCCCACAAGAAAUAUUACAAUACAUGAUAACCAGGGUGGAAUUAACCUUGCAAGUUCCAAUGAAGAUAGUCUGGCUCGAGAACAAUAUCAAACAAGAAGACAAGAUGUUGCAUCAGAGCGAAAUACAGAACAGACAUCAAAUUCAGAGACAGAACAGGCUGAGGCAGCUCAAAUAAGCAAAGGGGAUGAGCAACAGUCAGCACAGUCCCCAAAGCUGAGUAAAUCCAAAAUUAAACGAGAUAAAAGAAAGAAAAAGAAAGAACUGGCAAGUUCCAGCCAGUCGCCACCAGCAGGCCUUGCUGUCUCAGAAGUACCCCAAACUACACAAGCAACAGCCAGCAUCUCAGCAACAGGCAGCCAAGCAACAGACACAGAGGUUGCCAGCAAUGCAACUACUAAUGCAACAGGCGGUGCAUCAGCAGCAGCUAGAAGCAUCCCAGAAACAACAAAAGAACCUCUAGCAGUUGGUGGUUUUCAAAUUGAAGAUGUUCAACACCACUCUGCUUCAAUACCAUCUGAAAUAUCUCAACAGGAACUAAAUACUUUUCCCAUAUCUGCUAAUGUUCCUCCUUCAUUAAGUCAAUCACAGACUAGUGGAUUAAGUCAGUCACAGACAAGUACACAACCUCAAAGAGGUGCUGGAGCUAAUCCCCCUGGGCCCCCUCAUGGUGGUGCUAAUCCUCCUGGACCCCCACAGAGUGGUGCCAACCCUCCAGCUCCUACGUCUGCUGAGAGAUUGGCUCAGCUUGACCCCCUCGGCAUUAACUUUGACAAGCCUAAGUACCCAGCCUAUGCAGUGUAUUCCACCAGACUGAGCUCCUUUGAUGGAUGGCCUUCACACAUGGCUCAAACACCAAGGGAAAUGGCACGAGCAGGUUACUUUUAUGCUGGAUAUGGGGACUAUGCGCGGUGCUUUUUCUGUGGUGGAGGCCUGAGGAACUGGGACAGGACAGAUGAACCGUGGAUGGAGCAUGCCAGGUGGUUCCCGCGGUGUGCCUUCCUACGGAACAACAAGGGAGAUAAAUAUGUAGCCAGAGUACAGAGAAGACACCAGGAACAGGAAGCAGGCUUGGAACCUUCCUCUCAAUUGCCACCACCAAUUGAGAGAGACAUGGAGACUGCUAUAGCCCAGGCACUGCGAGAGAUGGGAUUUACUAACCAGAUUAUACAGAGAGCCAUGAAUAAGUGGAGACUGAACCUGAAGCCAGGUAGACGCCAUCCUCCCCCUAUGACUGCUGCGGGGAUACUAGAUAUCAUAGAGGAGAUACAGAGAGAGGAGGAGGACCAAGCUCAUACACAACCUGUCACUCAAGAAAGGCCUCUUACUAUACCAGGAAUACAAGAUUUACAAAUAGCAGAUGGAUCUUCUCAAGCCUCAGUACAGAACAUAAGUGAUGGUGCCUCAGCUUUAGAAGAAAACAGAACAGAUUUUGAUCCAGGAGAUGGUCAGCCUAGAGAAUAUGGCUAUGAUCAGAGAGAAAAACAAGAGAAGCAGGUACUUCAGGAGGACUUCCUUGGUCUGACAGAGACUAUAGUGUGUAAGGUGUGCUGUGACAAGGAUGUGGCCGCAGCCUUCUUGCCCUGCGGUCACUUAGUCUGCUGUCUGGACUGUGCCCCCGCCAUGAGGAGGUGCCCCCUCUGUGCAGAACUCAUCAAGGGCACAGUCAAAACCUACUUUGCUUAAAUGGGUCUACAGGUGAAUGCUCAUUCUGUCUGAUUAAUGAACCAUGGCUGAAAGAUCAUUCCAAAUGGACAACAACAGUUUAGGAGAAAAUUGAAAUGGACAGAUAAAUUAACCUUCCUGUGACAUAACAACGCUGAAAAUGACAAUACCUGAAUGACAUAAUUGUAGAUUUCAUUCAAAUAAAGGAAAACAGGAUGUUAUAUUCUUUA